AUGGGUCCCUGUACGGCCUCCCAUUGCUGCUGUCUCCAUCGCCACACUCUGCCAUGUGCCACUUUCAGGUCUCCUCACACUGCUGGUGGGUUCCAUUUUGUCAUAGGGUUGCUGUAUGGCCUCCCAUUGCUGCUGCCUCCACCGCCACACUGUGGCUCCAAACACUGGUUUUGGCCCCGUGACUGGCCAAAUGAGUGAAGUGUGCGGUGAUUCUAAGAUCGACGGCACUCAUCUGCAUGUCAUACUGACUGACAGUAUUAUUUCUCUUCCCCAGCAGACUCCAAGGGCAUUUAAAUUAAAGGUACAAUGUUCUGCACUAAUAUUA